AUGCUAGCGCAAGCAUCAUCUUCAGCAUAUUCGUUCCAGGAGUCAGCUCUUGCCGCAGCCGCUGCUGCUGCCGCCGCCCAGCAACAACAGCAGCAAGCUCAACAAGCUGCCGUGGCAGCUGCUGCCGCUCAACAAGCAGCUGCUGCUGCCGCCGCUCAACAACUCACAGCGGCCAACAGUGCGGCGAUUUUCUCGCCCCAUUUCACAGCCGGAUCGUAUGCCACCGGUCCGAUGCAGGUCGGAUCGUAUGACAGCUCUGCCGUAACCGCUGCUCGUUCUUGUGCUCUGCCGUCACCCACCAUUUAUCCGCCAACCCCCCCACCCUCGGCGCCCUGGAUUCAUCCUUGGUAUAGCGGCGAUACCUUUUAG